AUGGUUAAGUCACUAUUCAUAAUCUUUGUGAGCUUCAUUUUUUCAAUGAGCAUUUCAUUCGGUGAAGAUGUGUGCAGUAACUACGAAGAUAAGGAUUGCGUUCAUCCAAAUAUACUUAAAAAUGGUCACUUCAUUAACCAAUGGUGUGUUAAUUUGCCCGGAAUGACCAAGAACGAAGCUAGAAAACUGUUAGAAGAUAAUGGCUUUGACUAUUUAGGAAAGAUAAUGGACGGGGUCGACUUGCAUCUUGUGACAAAAAAAGGUACACAAGAAAAACACGCCUUGCCCAAUGAAAGAAUAAUAGAAUUACUUAAGAAACACGAAAAAGUGCAUUCGGUCGCACAAAAGCACGUGCUCGAAAACUCGCAGGAUGAGGUGACAAAUAUAAUUAACGAGGAUAAUGUUCGUUUCGAGUCAGUGGAUCCCAACACGAUCGUCCUGAAUGACGGAUGGAAUAACUUGGAAAGAAUAGCUGCUUUCGAGGCAGCCGAAGCCGCAAUCGCUGCAGCUGCGUCUGAUAAAACUAAACCAGCAGACACUAACGAACCGAUUGAAGCUGAUGGCAGCGACGAUGGUGGUCGCAAAAAGAAACAACGCCAAAAAAAACACGACGCCGUGUCUAGUUCAGAUAUUGAAUCUCCGUCCGAGGUGUCGGAUCAUGAGGGUUCAUUGGAAUUAGACUUAUCAAACGAAGGAUCAGCAGACGUGGAGACGUCGGAUGAGGAGUUGUCGGGCGAGGAUACCGUGGAAGAGGUGUCGUCGGAAGAAACAGGACUCGAUGAAUAA